AUGGAUAAGCACCUUUUAACUCUCUUCUUGAUUCCGGUUAUCGCUGCUUGCCAUUCCUUCCCAAUGAGUAAGGCACUCGUUCAACGACUGUUAUUGAUGUCGUCGCUAUCAUCAGCCACCGAUUCCGCACAAAAUGGUUCUAGUCCCGGUAAAGAACGUGCUGGUGCAUUUAAGCGAUUAUUCACAUAUCCUCUUGUUAGGAGAUGUGAUAUGGAUGAGGAGAUGCGUAAAGAAGCCAUCCAAAUCGUGGUGAAAGCAUGUGAAGGAAACACUGACUGUAAUCAGAGUGCUGCACGUGCUAUCAAGGAAUCCCUGGAUGAACGUUACGGAGGAGUAUGGCAUGCGGUAGUUGGUGAGCAGUUUGGAUUGGAACUCAGUCACGAUCCAGAAACGUUACUUUAUUUAUUCUUUGGUGGUAAAUUAGCAAUUUGUGUCUGGAAAUGUGCAGCAUAA